AGCUCGCUCGAAACGCGUACACGUCGCGGAAAGUCGCCUCUUUCUUUCAUUAUUACGUAGGAGACGGGAUGUACUAAUAAGCUCGCUGUCAGACGGAGGCAAUCCCUCUUCUAUAGAUAUACGUGGCUUAUUCGGCAAUGCUCUCUUGCGUUAUUAAUAUACAUACAUACUCGUUGUUUUUAACGGGAUCGCAUAACCCAAUUUCGGCUCUCGACGGGGAUAGGAGCGUCGCUGUGCAGUCCGCCGCCCGAGGAAUCCGCCGAGCUUUGACUACUUUCUCUUCGCGAAUUGCGUACUACAUACUCUGGCCAAGGCGGUACGCGUUAUACACCUGUUUCCCCGAUCCCUCUCCAGCGCGAUAUACUUACCAUGUAUAUUUAUAUAGUAGGGAGUGUCUGUCAAGGUCGCUGACUCUCUUCUUCAAUUCUUUCACGAAGUUUUCCAGGCGCGGAGGAGCACACUGGCCGGAGCCAGCAUGCACACGCGCGUCAACCGCCACUACUUUACGGCGAGACAGCUCCGCGCAGUUAGUUCGCGUUAUGUACAAUCGUGAAAUCCACAUGUAGCUGUUGCUGCUGCGGUGCUCUCUCAGAAACGUUAAUGUAACAGUUUGGCCAGUCUACUCUCUACGUCCGAGUCGAGCACAUCUCUCUCUCUUUGGCGCGCACGGCGAAUAUUUACGCACAAACGCAUGGUGUAGUAGUAGUAGCAAGCUCAGUUAAUGUUGUUCAUGCCGCUGCAGUGUUUUUGCGCUUUCUCAAGAGCCUCGUGCGUCCAGUGUGUAUAGGAUAUAUAUGUACCUGUAUACACCUGCGUGCAUAUACAUCUAUAUAUAGACAAAAAUAAAAAGCGGCGCGCGUGCAUUUAAAGCCCCGCGCGUUCGAAUAGCUCGUAGCGAUCGUUGCGGCGCGCGAAAAGUGAAACGCCGAUAUCGUUCCAGCUCUCCUUAUAGGCGCCUUCAGAAGAUUCUAUUAGAGAAACGACGACGACGACGAUCACGGCAAAGCUGCAAUCAUGGAAAAACGACGCGACGAUAAUUUGGAAUUCGUGGUCAAGAAUCUGUUCGCCGGUGGUAUCGCUGGUAUGUGCUCCAAGACCGCCGUCGCACCACUGGACAGAAUAAAGAUUCUCCUGCAGGCUCAUAACAAUCAUUACAAGCACUUAGGUGUGUUUUCUGGACUCAAAGAGAUCAUUCGACAUGAGAAAUUCUUUGCACUGUACAAGGGUAAUUUUGCUCAAAUGAUCAGGAUAUUUCCUUAUGCUGCAACACAAUUUACAUCAUUUGAAUUUUAUAAAACGUUUUUCGCAAGAAUACCAAUUCUUCAGAGUACUUCCCACUUGGAUAAGUUUGCUGCAGGCGCUUGUGCAGGCGUAACAUCUGUUGCUCUCACUUAUCCUUUAGACAUGAUAAGAGCAAGAUUAGCUUUUCAAGUAACUGGCCAACAUGUUUACUCAGGAAUCACUCAUACAGCCAUCUGCAUUUUCAAAGAAGAAGGUGGCCUUAGAGCCCUGUAUAGAGGAUUCAUACCAACUGUGUGCGGUAUGAUACCUUAUGCUGGAUUCUCUUUCUACACAUUUGAGCAAUUGAAAUACUUCUGUAUGAAAUUUUUCCCUACCAUUUUAUGCAAAGAAUGUGAAAAAAAUACAGGGGGACUUGUAUUGACCAUUCCCGGUAAAUUAUUAUGUGGUGGUAUUGCUGGAGCCAUUGCACAAAGUUUUUCAUAUCCAUUUGAUGUUACCAGAAGACGUAUGCAACUUGCAUUGAUGCACUCAGAUACACAUAAAUUCAGUGCUGGUAUGUUGUCAACUCUUAAGCUAAUAUACAAUGAAAAUGGAAUUAUGAAAGGAUUAUACCGUGGAAUGAGCAUAAAUUACUUGAGAGCUGUUCCAAUGGUUGCUGUAAGCUUUUCGACUUAUGAAGUAAUGAAACAAAUGUUAGCGCUUGAUACAGGAAUGAAAAUAUGAAAGUAUUCCGUACAACUUUUCUUAUUAAUAGACAAAUUAAUUUUUUAUAAAAAAUCAAAUCACCAAAACACAAUGAAAGUCAAUCAACUCAAAUGCUAAUAUUUUGUUAAUUAGCGUACUAUUUAGUUUUAAAAAAAACUGACUUAAGAAAGACACUUCUAAUGUCGCUAUUUCGCAUUAGAUUUAGUCAAUUAAUAGUUGUCUAAGCUAAGAAAGAAAACUUGUAAAUUUUACAUGACAUUUAAGUAUUUUUGUAAAUAAUGAAAAAAGCAAGUUAACCGCAUGUACAAACGUUUUGUAAGAACGAGCACGUUUUGUUUUUUAAAUAUUUUAAAUAAUAUUUUUAUAAUUAUAGUUUACACAAAGAAUAUUACUGUUGAAAAAACUAUAAAUUAAGAGAGAGAAAAAAAAACAUACGUAUAUAUAUGUGCAAAUCGAUGAACGAAAGAAUUUCUAAUAAAGAUAAAAGUUUUGUCAUUCAAAGCAACCA